AUGGAUAGUAAUGGGUCUGUGGUGAUACAUUUUGAACAUGGUGAAGAGCAACAUAUUUCUACACUAGUGAUGAAAGGAAGAUAUGAGGAGAUUACUUAUUCUCAGUUGGUUGAUAGAAUAGCCAAGAAAAUGAAGAUCGAUGUAGUUGAGACGAAGCUUCAGUUGAGUUACUUUCCGCUGGAAAUCGUCGCAGAAAAUCAGAGCAACGAGAUGUUUUCUAUGAAUGAGGAAAAUCUGAGUGAUGCCAGAGCUAAUGAUGGCAUGGUUGGAGUUGGAGAGUUGGAAAUUGUUCCUCAUAUUCAGGAGGAUGAGUUUGAGCAUGAGAAAAUCAGUGAAGAGGGUGAUGAAAUGGAUGAUAGGGAGGAGUUGCUGGUUGUUACAGUAGUUGAACCUCCUGUUGUCAAUUCAGAGUGGGAUGAUGGCAUUGAUAUUAGCUUUCAUCAAGAAUUUGCGACUAGAGAAGAAGUGAGGGAUAUAGUGGACAAAAGGUGUGCAUUCCAAUUGUUUUCAGAACGUAUGCAUACGUGCUCUCGUGGAGAUGCAAGUGUCAUGAAGAAGAAGAAAAGAGGCACGCCAAGCUUGGUCGCAUCAGUGGUGCACUCUGAUUAUCCCGGCAAAUACAAGUCUCCGGAUCCAAAGACUCUCAUAGAUUUGGUGCAGAACAGACUGGGUGUUAAGGUUUCAUAUUCUACGGCUUUGAGAGGGAAAAAUAAAGCUUUGAGUGAUUUGUGUGGCAACCCGGAGGAGAGUUUUGCUAGGCUGCCAUCUUACUUGCACAUGUUACAAAGGAUGAAUCCUGAUACCAUUACACGAUUAGAAGUGGAUGAGAAGAACCAGUUUAAGUAUAUGUUCUUUGCGCUCGGAGCUUGCAUCGAAGGGUUCAAGGCGAUGAGGCAAGUGAUAAUAAUGGAUGGAACUCACCUGAAGGGUGUGUACAAAGGAGUGCUUCUCAUUGCCACUGAUCAGGAUCCAGAUCAUCAUCAUUAUCCCCUUGCUUUUGCGGUAGUAGAUGGUGAGAAAAAUGAAAGCUGGGAGUGGUUUUUAACUAUAUUAAAAACUUUGAUACCAGAUGAUCCUCAGCUUGUAUUUUGUACUGAUAGAAACCAAAGCAUCAUCAAGAAAGUACACGAGGUAUACCCAUUGGCGAUCCAUGGAUAUUACAAUUAUCACUUGUCUAAUAAUGUCAGCGGAGCUUGCAGCAAUGUUUACAAGAAAGGGGUUGCCAAAAAAUUUAGAGAUAUUGCUGGUAUUUACAGUGAGGUGGAGUUCAGAAAAUGCUACAACGAUUUCAGGAAAAUGUAUCCUCAAGCGGCCGAGUAUCUAGAUGACAGUGUUCAUGAGACAAAAUGGGCAAGAUGUAAAUUUCCAGGAGAAAGGUACAACAUAGACACAACCAACACUAUUGAAUCUAUCAAUGGUGUUUUGAAGGAACCAAGGAAAUAUGCGUUGUUGCCAAUGCUUGAUGUGAUCGUGGAAAAGAUAACAGAAUGGUUCAACAAAUACCGUCUAUUAUCUCUACGCGUACCAGAGAGGCAGAUAUUAAUCCCACAUGUGCAUGGGAUAUUGCAUCACAUAUAUCCUACGGCUAAAAAGCUGAAGGUGACCGAGCUAAAUACAUUUGAAGGUCACUACAAUGUGCUUGGCGAGGAUGGUCAUGGUUAUUUGGUUGAUUUGAGCAACAGAACAUGCUAUUGUAGGUAUUUUGAUAUUGAUCGGUAUCCUUGUGUGCAUGCACUUGUUGCCAUCAUGGCGCGUGGAGAAAUGGCUGAACAUUAUUAUUCUAGGUAUUACUGGAUGGAGCAGUGGACUUUGGCAUAUUACAGGACAAUAUAUCCAGUGCCUCAUCAUUCAACAUGGGAAAGUUCUGAAAUUCCUGAGGAAAUCCGAUCUCAGGUUGUCUUCCCUCCGUAUGUAGAGAAAAAAAAAAAAGGAAGACUACAAGUUACUAGGUUCCCGUCUGCCGGAGAAUAUCGGAGGAAGAGAAAGAAGAAGUUUCCACCAUUGAUUGGUGAAAACGAAGAAAGUGGCAGUGAUUGCAAAAUACUGAUAAUCUCCUGA